UACUCAUUGCCUCUGGCCGGACGUCUCCCAUAUAGGAAUUUAAUCUUAAAGCUGCCCGUGCAUAUGCUCACAUGUGUGCCAGUGCACGUUUAUCUAAAGCGCGUGUGUGGUCUUAAACACGUGUGCACAGACACACAUAGGCACAUGGGCGCCUACACGAUGCACUCCGUGUGCAAAUAUGCCCACCUGCAGAGGCAGACAAGUGCACAACCAGGAGACCCCCAGGCCUGUAGGUGCUACAGUGUGAGUGCUUGUGGCCGUGUGAGCACGGAGUCCCGCACACACAUGUGGGUUCCUGGCCUUUGUAUAGUCAGACAGCUGCUAGAGCAUUGUGUACACACAUGCAUGGACAGACCGGGCUGGGGGUGCACACCUAGACAGGGUCUCCACACAGGAGGGGACGUCAGGGAGCCCCCGACCCUCCCGCGGAGUGGCCAGCCUCAAAGGCUGCUGGGAAGGCAGGCGUGCUCCGGGCGGGCCAGAGGGGCUUGCUCACCGCUCUUGUGUUUUCUCCCCAGCAGGGCUUUGAGGCCGCUCCCCAGGCAUCUGCGUCAGUCUGCCAAGGCUGCCGCAGCCCGGCCCAGGGCCUCCCACCCCGUCCACCUCACCUCCCUUCCUCUCAUCCAUCGUCAGCCAUGGCUCACCGGGACUGGGUGGGGGAGGGGGCGGGUGGGGGGCCAGGUCGGGCCUGCAGUGACCCCUCUCCCCUCCGGCCCAGGGACCCCCCUGACGGUGCUCAAUGGGCCCAUCCUGGCCCUGGAUGCGGACCUGGAUGUCUACGCUGUGGUGACCUACCAGCUGCUGGGUGCCCAGAGCGGGCUCUUUGAUAUUGACAACAGCACCGGAGUGGUGACAGUGAGGUCAGGUGUCGUCAUUGACCGGGAGGCCUUCUCACCCCCUGUCCUGGAGCUGCUGCUGCUGGCUGAGGACAUUGGGCUGCUCAACGGCACAGCUGAUCUGCUCGUCACCAUCCUGGACGACAAUGACAGCCGGCCUACCUUUAGCCCUGCCGUCCUCACUAUCCACCUGCUGGAGAACCGCCCACCAGGAUUCUCAGUCCUUCAGGUCACAGCCACAGACGAGGACAGUGGCCUCAAUGGGGAGCUGAUCUACCGAAUAGAAGCUGGGGCUCAGGACCGCUUCAUCAUCCACCCAGCCACCGGCAUCAUCCGCGUCAGCAAUGCCACCAUCGACAGGGAGGAGCAGGAAUCCUAUAGGCUGACAGUGGUGGCCACCGACCGGGGCACUGUCCCUCUCUCAGGCACAGCCAUCAUCACUGUCCUUAUUGAUGACAUCAACGACUCCCGCCCCGAGUUCCUCAACCCCAUCCAGACAGUGAGUGUACUAGAGUCAGCUGAGCCAGGCACUGUUAUUGCCAAUGUCACCGCCAUCGACCGUGACCUCAACCCUAAGCUGGAGUACCACAUCAUCAACAUCGUGGCCAAGGAUGACACUGACCGCCUGGUGCCUGACCAGGAGGACGCUUUUGCUGUGAAUAUCAACACAGCCUCGGGGACGGGGAGCGAGAGUAGGAAGAGGAGGAGGAGGAGGAGGCAGCGGCCCAGGGGUCUGUAA